GUGGGUUGUUCUCGUGAGAGCGGCGGUUAUCGCGAGAGUUCGGUGGCAGUGGCGGCGGGAUGGGAGCGCCGAGAUGCCCCGGCACUGCUCCGCCUCCGGCUGCUGCACUCGCGACACCCGCGACACCCGCGGCAGGGGUAUCUCCUUCCACCGGUUGCCACGCAGGGAUGACCCCCGCCGCGUGCAGUGGCUGGAGAACAGCCGGCGCCGGGACCCCGCGGGGGGGGGGCGCUGGGACCCCUCCUCCAAAUACAUCUACUUCUGCUCCCAGCACUUCGAGAGCCACUGCUUUGAGGUAGUGGGAUACAGCUGCUUCCCCCCGGACUCAAAAGCCCCCCCGGCCGCCGCCCAGGGUGGGGUCCCGGUGCCGCCGCCGGAGACCCUUCUGGUGGCCACGGGUGACGCCAAAGCCGCUGCGGCGCCAGCCCUGCCCGAGGGGGCCCCCCCGGCGCCCGCGGGACCCCCGGGGCCGCCGUCGCCAUCGCUGUUCAUGGCGCGGCUGCCGCCCCGCGCCGGCUCCUACAUCCAGAGCGAGCACAGCUACCAGGUGGGCUCGGCCCUGCUCUGGAAGCGCCGUGCCGAGACCGCGCUCGACGCCCUCGGCAAGGCCCAGAGGCAGCUGCAGGCGGGGAAGCGGCGGGAGCAGCGGCUCCGGCAGCGCCUGGCCGAGCUCCAGAAGGACACGCGGGGGGUCCUGGAGAUCCAGGUGGACACACGGGGGAUUCCAGAGCUCCAGAGGGACAUGCAGGAUAUCCCGGAGAUCCGGAGGGACACACGGGGCACACCAGAGCUUCAGAGGGACACACGGAAUAUCCCAGAGUUCCAGAUGGACACACAGGGGGUCCCAGAGCUCCAGAGGGACACGGGGGAUGUCCUGGAGCUCCAGAGGGACACAUGGGGGGUCGUGGAGCCCCAGAGGAGCCCCAGGGACCCCCUGGCUGAGAGGGAGGUGAAGCCAUUGGGGGGUGGGGGCAGGUGAGGCCUGGGCACCGGGGGGAGGCUGUAAAUAAAGAUUUCACCUUUUCCGCAUGGAGUU